AUGAUAAUAAAUUAUAUAUUUUUGGUUAUUUUAAUAUCAAGUAAAAAUGUGGUAGCUAUAGAUUUAGAUAUAAGUGUAGUUCUUGAGUUCACUGGUAACACAGAUUUAAGAUGCCAAGCAGAAAUAAAUGGAACAAAAAUAAUUGGAAUUUCAAGGAAUUUCCUACAUGACUGGAAAAAACAAUAUUGCGCAUUUUUAGGAAUCCCAUAUGCAAAACCUCCUAUAGGAGACUUACGUUUUGAACCGCCAGUAAGAAAUAUUAUUGACUCUACAUAUAAUGAAACUAUUGAAGCUAAUGGAUUAAAAGAUAUGUGCGUCCAAAAGGGAAGAUUAGGUAAAGAGGACUGCUUGUAUUUGAAUAUUUACACACCAAUGCUAAAUAGUAGUCUUAACAAUAAUAAUAAAACGUAUCCGGUAAUGUUUUGGAUUCAUGGAGGUUCAUUUCAUUCAGGAUCUGGAACUUAUAAUUUAUAUGGUCCUGAUUAUCUAGUUCACGAGGAUGUAAUUUUAGUUACAUUCAAUUAUAGAUUGGGAGUGUUUGGAUUUUUAUCAGCGCCAGAAUGGAAAAUUUAUGGAAACAUGGGUUUAAAAGACCAACUGCUGGCUCUUCAAUGGGUGAAUGAAAAUAUUGAAUAUUUUAAGGGAAACAAAAGUAGUAUUACGUUAAUUGGAGAAUCUGCCGGAGCAGCAAGUGUUCAUUAUUUGAUGAUGAGUAAUUUAACUAAAGGCUUGUACCAUAGGGCUAUUUUACAAAGUGGAAGUGCACUUAGCCCAUGGGCUAUUCAAUUCGUACCAGAACAAGUACCCACACCUGAAGAUCUCAAAUCUGACAACAAUCUUGUUUUCAAUCCUGUAGUUGAACAUGAAAACUCAACAAACCCUAUAGUACGGAAAAAUUUAGUAAAACGCAUGUACGAAGGUGAAUUUCCUGAUGUGAACAUAAUAUAUGGAUUCAAUGAUGCUGAAGGACUUUUGGGAAUGCUUAUGGUAAAUGAAACAAACGACAGGGUGAUUUAUAAAAUGAGGGAAGUUUUGGUCAACAAAUAUAAAAAAGAACUUCCUGGAGUUUGUCAUACUGAUGAUCUUGGAUACUUAUUUUCGAUGUCGAAAGAGUGGAGUAAUUUGUAUUUCACCGUGAGGGGAUAUGCAACAAUUCCAGAGAAAGCAGUAGAAACUCACAAAAAGAUGGUUACUUUAUGGACUAACUUUGCAAAAACUGGAAAUCCUCUUAAUACUACUACCCCUGAUCAUCCGACCUAUGGAAGUGUGUCAACUAUUAAUUGGGAACCAUAUAAUAAUAUAACAAAGAAAUAUCUGAACAUGAAUGAUACAUUUGAAAUGUUAGCAUAUCAAGAAAUGGACCUUGAGGGCUUAAUGGGCCUUGAAUAUAAAGGACAAGGUUGGAAUGAUUAUAAAUGUAAUGUAGCUGUUCGGCAUAGGGUUAUUGAAGGAAAAUAUAGAACAUAUGUUCAUGAUCAUGGUCACCAUUAUUGUGCCUAUAUGGGCAUACCAUAUGCGAAACCGCCUACUGGACAUCGCAGAUUUUUGGCUCCUCAAGAAUAA